UGGCGAGCAGCCGCCGGAUGGAACGACCAUGGUCUCCCAAUUUGGAAACGUCCUUUUCGCUAUGGAUUUUAGGGGACUCAUAUACCACGGCAAGAACCAGCCUUCCGAGUUAGGCAUCGCCAUUCUGGAGCUUUCGAACAUGGACCACAUGCCGCUGCCCGGUCCCCGCAUUAAGUACACCUUAGUGGUAGUGCUGACGACGGCGAUGGCGAAUGCGCUUAACACCGAGAAGCGACAUGAGUUCGGGUUGCUGUCUGGAGGUGUGACGCUGGAUCCUUUCAGCUCGCUCGUUCUGAUCGGCGGAGAAGAAGGAGGGUUCUUUUCUAAGAUUAUCGAGAAAUACCGACGCCAGUCACCCCGUUCGAGUACUGUCGUGCGGUACAGGUUUACGGCGGCGAAGACAGGUUUCCGAAAGUCCUCCGGCGGCAGUGGAAUGAUCGGGUACAGGCAUAUAUUAUCCCUCGGGUCCCCCACAGCCCAACUCAUGGACCAGCUGUCUCACAAAAAUAAGGGACCCUCUGAACGAGACCUGCCCCUGCACAAGAAGGAGGAUGAGAUCGAAUCUAUCGUAGCCAAACUGAAACUUCGUCCACCCUUUGGUCCACAGCAAGCAGCCGCAUACGCCGAAGACGAAGCACCGCACCUGUUCCAGACCAAAGGCGACACUUUUCUUCAACUCGGAUCUCAACUACCACCGCUGUUCCCACAAGGACAGCUGGGAUGGAAGGGGUUCCAGAGAGAGGAGGGUACCAUAUUGGAGGACAACAAGGCUCCCCAGCACGCCCGCCUAAGCAACCGCGAAUACCCACUCCGUUAUCAUUCAGGACGAAGACAUCGAGCUGGGAUAUACUCUCCGAAGUUCAACUCUGGAGCGUUGAAGAUUCCUUGGGAGGAGACCAAGGAAAUGAUCGAACGGGUCUUCGUUGGAUGGGCUGGCCAGUGCUCCCUUGGUGCCGUGGAAGCCGUGAACAGCUUCAACGAUAAGGAUACCACCUCGGCUCUACAAGUCCUAGUUUCCAGCAUGUGCUUCGCCGGCACGGGCUACGACUACCACCGGGCCUGCUGUGAGGGGAUCGUCUUUCUCGGUUUCUGGAGUGUCAACAAUCGAGAACCGGCACUUGCGAUCCCUGGAAGGCCGAAGAAUCCCGCAUCCGGGCACCCACAGAAUCAUCCAGCGGUGUCUCGGUACCAUCAGCCGAAACGCAACAUCAUCCACAACGCACCGAGAAAACGACGCCACGAUCAUAUCUUCCAGUUCUACACACAUCCGCACACAACAGACUUGAUUACUGCUGCAUCGUCAAGAUGGUCGAACUUAAGAAGGAAGAACUCAAGCAAGCCUCGUCGUAAUGAGCCCUAUGCUUUCGAUUUGAAGAAAGAGUUGACGCCGAUCAUCUCCUGGCGAACGGAUCAAGCUAUCAAGCAAGAACGGCGCUUUUCGCAGUUCGUCGAUGCCAAUGACUUCUUCAAGGACAGUACGGCGACCCCUGAAGAUAUCAAUGCACGCGUUAUGGAGGCUCUCGAGACGACCUUUAAUGCUCCUUCGUCCGAAGAUCCCAACUUUGGUGACAGUGCCUUACAUGAGCUUAUAUACGACAAGCAUAACUGGCUCGCGGUCCCUGAACUCAACAACGUCAAGCAAGAGGAGCGGCUCAUUGAAUGGAACUGCCGACUUGUGGAGACACCCGGUGCCCCCUUGGAUGACAAGUACAAGACGUACAUAGCCAAGUCCCCAUUGAGCCCCUGA